AUGAAUGGGAAACCAAAACCGGCGAAAAAGACGGUAUCUUUUCGACACGAUGUCAAUGGAGAUAGCUCAUCCACCGAGAUUGAUCAAAAGAGUAAUACACAAAACGCGGUACCGCAGAUUAAGGACAGUUUAUUACUAAUACCCAUUCACAAUAUAUUGAUCUUGGGAAGUAUGUUUUAUUUUGGAAUUACUCAGAACAUUGAAGGGGUUCUAUUGAGAAGCUUUGUUACAAGCCUUCCGAUACAAGCUGUUUACGACUAUAUAUUAAUUCAGAGCCUCAAGAAAAGGCCCAAAGGUGAUAAUGUACCUUUAUUGAUUGUUUCAAGCCUCUUGGUGAGUCUUGUAUUGUCUGUGCCGAUGUUUUUGUCCAUUGUGAUUUUGGGAGCACCAGUGUUUGGCUACACUUUCAAGACUUUUUUGUUAUCACUUCAUUUGUCGCAGUUGGUAUUUGGCCCAUUAACAGUUUUAUACUCUUUGGAUUUUGAAAAGUUCAAGAAGCUAUUUGAGUGCGAAGACAUCUACUAUACAAUCUUUAGCCAUCCAAUUUUAUCGCAAGUACUUUUGACGUUGGGAGGGUGUUGGCUAGGUGUGAUUCCCAUCCCUCUUGAUUGGGACAGACCUUGGCAACAGUGGCCCAUCACCUUGUUAGGUGGAUCUUAUGUUGGCGGUGUUGUUGGUGGAUUAGUUUCGCUCCUCAUGCGGACUUAUAGAAAAUGGAACAAGUUAUCUAGUGAAUAA